AUGAUGCUGCAGUCAGAUCUGCAGGAGCAGGGAUCUACAGGGUGUCUCUCUGAGACACCUCAGCUGCGAGAACACCACCGCGCUGCAAUUAAAGUGAUUCGUAGGAUGCAGUAUUUUGUGGCAAAGAAAAAGUUUCAGCAAGCUAGAAAGCCCUAUGAUGUCCGAGAUGUUAUUGAGCAGUAUUCUCAGGGUCACCUCAACCUGAUGGUGCGAAUCAAGGAAUUACAGAGGAGGUUGGACCAAUCCAUAGGGAAGCCAUCUCUUUUUAUAUCUGUGUCAGAAAAAAGCAAGGAUCGAGGGAAUAACACGAUUGGUGCCAGGCUGAACAGAGUGGAGGACAAG